UAAACAGCUUAACCAAAUUCCUGAAUUCCGUUUACCGACAGGAAUGAAUCCAAGAGAUAACGACCUUUUCUUGCAUGAACCAUCUCUCCUUAGAUAACCAGUAAUAUCCUCAUGAUCCCAUCACCACCAAAAGUAAUGACUACAUAAGUAUUGCUCAUUACUUCCAUAUAAACUCUUACUUAACCCAAUAAAAAAUCAGCUGUUGCAGUAUCAGCCAUACUCUGGCUUUUCUCGCUGCAAUGCUUUGAGCAAUGGUUUUAAUCCUUUACUCUUUGUUUUGUGGGCAAAAUUAAAAAAUAUUUCAACAUUUAAUUUUUUUGUUCUGGUUUGAUCAUUUUUAGUCUCAUAUUUAAAAUGUGCACCUUUUAGUUAACGGUGGUUACUUUCUAGUGCUUUCUUCUUCUUAUUAUAGGAUGUUAACGAUUUUAACGUUAUCAGACGAGGAUCAACCAUCCACUAAUUAAAUGCUCUUGAUAUUUUCAACUUCCAGAAGUUACAUUCACCCGAACAACGGAUCAUAAAUCUCAACAAUAAGCUGUUUAUAUAUUUUUUGACAAUUCAUCUGUAUUUGGAGCUGGUUUCAAUUUCAACAUAAUUAUCGUUUUCUCAUAAGUUAAAUUUACGAUGGAAGAGGAGAAUCUGGCCGUCGCUAUGCAAAGUCGUUUGUAUGCAUGUCAAUUUGCCAACAUUGCGAAUAUGGACGAUCCAGAUGUAUGGGAGUAUACAAUGAGACGUGAAAGACAAGAAAUUUUGCCGGGAAUUUAUCUUGGACCCUAUUCAGCAGCCACAAAAUCUAAAAGAGAAGAGCUUUUUAAAGAUGGUAUUACUCACAUUAUUUGUGUCCGAGAUGAAUCUGAAUCUAAAUUUAUAAAGCCCAAUUUUCCUGGUGAAAUUGAUUAUCUGGUUCUCAACAUAGCUGAUAAUAACUGCCAAAAUUUAAUUCCUUUCUUUCCUAAAGUUAGAGAUUUUAUUAACAAUUGCCUCUCUAAUGGUGGUAAAGUACUAGUUCAUGGUAAUGCUGGAAUCUCUCGAUCAGCUUCUCUUGUCAUAUCCUACAUCAUGGACGUGUCUAAAACUCCAUUUAUGGCCGCUUUAACAAUGGUACAAAGUAAAAGAUAUUGUAUUCACCCUAAUCCUAACUUUCAAAGACAGUUAAUGGAAUACGAACCAAUUUUAAGUGCUCAGAAUGUCCAAAUGAGAAGCUUUACUCAAAAGAGAGGUUAUGAAUAUUCCGAAGACAUGACUAAUUAGGAUUGAUCAGAAUCUGAUUAUGCUUAAUUAUAUCACCCUGACUUAAUGAAACUCAUUUUACUUCAAACUAUUUUUUUCGAGCAUUUUGGUCAUUUGGCAUUUUCUCUUCUCAUUCGCACCAUAUUUUGACCACAUUGAGGAGUUCGCUAAUUUCAACUUUCAUAAGAACCCUUUAAUGACAAAAACCAUAAAUUAAGAGCUCAAAAUUGAUGAAACUCUGUGAUUAUCUCUAUUCUAAGCACCAGUCAUAAUAUUUUUCAUCUUUGACAAUACUACAUUAAAGGAACUUGCGUUUCACUCAUUACAAGCCUCACAAGUUAAUCAUGACAAAUAAAUUAUUCUAGUCUAAGGUGCCAACACUGAAGAAAUUUAAAGUUUGGAUUAACCGAAUGACCAGAACAAUGUAAAAUAUUAAUAUUCUUAAUCACUAGUAA